GAUGCAUUGGCAGGUCCAUCCGUGCCUCUGCUGGCGUCGUCAUUCGGCUUGCAACACCUCGGCUUCAAUUGUACGCGCUUCCAACGUCGCGCAUGACUCUCCCGUUAUAGGCACCUUAUUUUUGCCCUCGCCCUGCGCCAGCCAAUCGAGAACUUUGCCGACGACGCUGCUGAGAGUGAGAGAUCCAAAAUGUCGACGCCCGCGCCGCCUGAGGACCAGGCCCGUCUCCUCGAGGAUGCCCUCAUCGCCGUGCGCCAGCAGACGGUCUUGAUGCGCAAGUGUCUUGACACCCCCGGCAAACUGAUGGAUGCUCUCAAAUGCUGUUCGACACUCGUCUCUGAACUGCGGACCAGUAGCUUGGGCCCGAAGCAAUACUACGAGCUGUACAUGGCCGUUUUCGAUGCGCUCCGUUACCUCUCCGUCCACCUCCGCGAGAACCACCCCGUCAAUCACCUUGCCGACCUCUACGAGCUUGUGCAGUAUGCUGGAAACAUCAUUCCACGUCUCUACCUCAUGAUUACGGUUGGCACCGCUUACAUGUCCAUCGAGGGCGCUCCGGUAAAAGAGCUUAUGAAAGACAUGAUGGACAUGAGCCGUGGCGUGCAGCACCCGAUUCGCGGUCUCUUCUUGCGUUACUACCUCUCGGGUCAGGCCAGGGAUUACCUCCCGACGGGUGAUUCUGAUGGCCCAGAAGGUAACCUUCAGGACUCGAUCAACUUCAUCCUCACCAACUUCGUCGAGAUGAACAAGCUUUGGGUCCGUUUACAACACCAGGGGCACUCAAGGGAGCGUGAGCAGCGGACACAGGAGAGGAAGGAGCUCCAGUUGCUGGUGGGGAGCAACAUUGUCCGACUUAGCCAGCUGGUAGACUUGCCGGCGUACAAGAAUGGCAUCCUCGGGCCACUAUUGGAGCAGGUUGUCCAGUGCCGAGAUGUCCUUGCUCAAGAGUAUCUCCUCGAAGUCAUCACCCAGGUAUUCCCUGACGAAUUCCAUCUCCACACUCUCGACAUGUUCCUCGGCGCCGUGUCAAGAUUAAAUCCUCAUGUCAACGUCAAAGCCAUCGUCAUUGGGCUCAUGGAUCGCCUCUCCGAUUAUGCAGAGCGCGAAUCGCAGAACGAGUCAGAGGAGGAUAGGGGAAAGAUAGAAGAAGAGGCUUUGGCGCAGCUUCUUGGACAGACGAGGUUAGGAGGGCCUUCAAGUAGCGCUCAGAAUGACAGCGUCCCUGGAAGUGCCAUCGAGUCACCCCACAACGGUGACCGCCCUAGCACCAAUGCUGCGUCGACAACGGACGACCUACACGCGGACCAGGAAGCGGCGCCAUCAAUAGCAGAGACCGAAGCGACUGCUGUUAACGGAGAGGAAACGGAGCCGCCCAAGAAGCGCAGAGGAAUUCCCGAGAACGUGCGGCUGUAUGAGAUUUUUUUCGGUCAGGUGAAGAACUUGGUGCAAGCCCAGCAUCUUCCAAUCCAAGACACAAUUGCCCUGUGUGUCUCACUAACCAACCUUGCGCUAAAUAUCUACCCGGAGAGGCUGGAUUACGUGGAUCAGAUUCUGGAUUACGCCAACGCCAAGGUCAAGGAACAUGCCAACAGCGCUGACUUGCACUCACCACCGGCGCAGCAGAGCCUCUUGGCUCUUCUCCAAAGCCCACUUAGGAGAUAUGCGUCUGUGUUUACAGCACUAUCACUCCCCACAUACGUGCCCCUUUUCCAGUCUCAAACAUACCCGACGCGGAGAGCCGUGGCUGGGGAAGUUGCCAAGACUCUUCUGAAGAACCAAACACUCAUUUCAACGCCUUUCAACCUUGAGAAUGUCUUGGAAAUUCUGAAGGUCCUCAUCAAGGAAGGGUCACAGGCGCCGGCUGGUUACCCUGGCGUUGUACAACCGCGGAGUCGCACUCUUGAGACUGAUGAGACGAUGGAGGAGCAGGGCUGGCUGGCUCGCCUUGUCCACCUAAUCCAUUCAGACGACAAUGACACCCAGUUCCGGCUGCUGCAAAUGACUAGGAAGGCAUACGCUGAGGGCAACGAGCGGAUCCGGACUACUACACCACCCCUCGUCACCGCGGGCCUCAAACUUGCUCGCCGCUACAAGGCCCGUGAGCACUACGACGACAACUGGUCAUCGCAAUCCUCCGCUUUGCUCAAAUCCCUGCAUUCUGCCAUUUCAACACUGUAUUCCAGAGUCAAUGGAUCGGGCGCCGCCGAGCUUUCCCUUCGACUGUUCUGCUCCUGUGGGCAGGUUGCGGACAUGACAGGGUUUGAGGAGGUUGCGUACGAGUUCUUUGCCCAGGCGUUCACAGUCUAUGAGGAGGCAAUCAGCGACUCAAAAGCCCAAUUUCAAGCCGUUUGCGUCAUCGCCAGCGCCCUGCACCGGACACGGAACUUUGGCAAGGAGAACUACGACACCCUUAUCACAAAGUGCGCUCAGCAUGCUAGCAAACUGCUUCGCAAGCCCGACCAGUGCAGAGCUGUCUAUCUGGCCAGCCAUCUGUGGUGGGCGACACCGAUUGCCGCCAAUGGGGAGGACGAGAAUACUGAGCUCUACCGCGACGGCAAGCGAGUCCUGGAGUGUUUACAACGUGCUCUUCGCGUAGCGGACUCAUGCAUGGAGACGGCCACGUCGAUUGAGCUGUUUGUCGAGAUCCUCGACCGAUAUGUCUACUAUUUUGAUCAGAAGAACGAGUCGGUCACAACCAAGUACCUCAACGGCCUCAUUGAGCUCAUCCAUUCCAACCUGGCGGGCAAUCAGCAGGAUUCGGCCUCUGUCGAGGCCAGCAGGAAGCAUUUCAUGCAGACCCUGGAGAUGAUCCAGAGCAAGGAGUAUGAGGGCGUCGUGUUGACUCCAAAGUAAUGAGGGAGGCAUACUGCACAUGAUACCCAGAAUUUGUGAAGGGACGCGAGUUUGGUGGGCUGGCAGUAUGUGCUAUGGAGAGAAGUUUUGAGGUUGGGACGGAAUGAAUGGUGAGCUCGUACUAGUAGCCUUGAGGUCAACGGGAUAGGAGACACAGAGUGAGCCAUGGAUUAAUGAACGGGGCAAUGGAGACACAAGGGCAGUUCGUCAUGAGGCGGACCAAACGAGCACAAACCACAAACCACUGGUGGGACGAUACGUCCUGUACAUUUAGUGUAUAGAAAUAUUCUGUUCCCACCUCCGGCAGCCCUUUUCAUUUGGCGCUAUGGAGUACCAGUAAUGUAUCAAUAUGAUAACGCAGUCUCACA